CACUCUCGAAGCUCACAGAAAAUCACAUUUUAUAUUUGUGUGCGACAGUGCGACAACGCUGGAAAGCGGAAAAUACUAUAUAUUUGACUUGAUAUUCCUUCAGCUCAAAGUGAUUCACGAAAAAAAUAUUUUAUUAUUUGGAUUUGCAAAACAUCUCGUUCUCUUUUUUUUUCUCCACUUGUUUUUAACACCAUUUUUCUUAGAACCACUUUAAAACAAUAAAACCAUGUCUGUUGUUGGAUUCGAUAUUGGAAACCUCCAGUCGGUUAUUGCCGUCGCCCGCAACCGCGGUAUCGACAUUGUUGCCAACGAGGUCUCGAACCGGGCCACCCCCACCAUGAUCUCGUUUGGCGACAAGCAGCGCUACAUUGGCGAGUCUGCCAAGAACCAGGAGAUGAGCAACUUUAAGAACACCUUGAGCGCCGUAAAGCGUCUCAUCGGACGCUCGUACAGCGAGUCCGAGGUGCAGGAGUACGAGUCACAGUUUAUCGGCUGCAAGCUGGUUGAUGCCGGCAGCGAGGUUGGUGUUGAGGUUAGCUACCUGGGCAAGCCCACUGUUUUCACCGCGACCCAGCUCUACGCCAUGUUCCUGGGCAACCUCCGCGACACCACGUCGAAGGAGCUCGGUGGCAGCACUAUUUCGGACGUCGUUAUCUCGGUCCCCGCGUGGUACACCGAUCGGCAGCGUCGCGCUGUGCAGCAGGCUAGCAAGAUCGCUGGCCUGAACUGCCUGCGUCUGCUCAACGACAACACGGCUGCUGCCCUGGGAUACGGUAUUACCAAGACCGACUUGCCCGAGGACAAGGCGCGCAACGUUGUCUUUGUUGAUCUGGGCCACAGCACGUUCACCGUCUCGGUGGUUGCCUUCAAGAAGGGCGAGCUCAAGGUCAGGUCAGUUGCUUGCGACCGCACUGUCGGUGGACGCAGCUUUGACAAGGCUCUGCUGGACCAUUUCAUCGCUGUCUUCAACGACAAGUACAAGCUUGACAUCCGGUCGAACAACAAGGCGAAGGUGCGUCUCAGCGCGGCUUGCGAGAAGCUGAAGAAGGUCCUGUCGGCCAACUCCCAGGCGCCUAUCACUGUCGAGAACCUGAUGAAUGACGUUGAUGCCAGCGCCAUGUACUCGCGCGACGAGCUUGUUGAGCUGAUCGAGCCCCUGCUCCAGAAGCUUGAGAAGCCCAUCCAGCAGGCCAUCGCCGAUGCCAACCUUGAGGGCGACGAGAUUCACUCGAUCGAGCUUGUCGGUGGAUCGAUCCGCAUCCCGGCUGUCAAGAAGCGCCUGACCGAGUUCUUUGGCCGCGAGCUGUCGUACACGCUCAACCAGGACGAGGCCGUUGCUCGCGGCUGCGCGCUGCAGUGUGCCAUUGCGUCGCCUGUCUUCCGUGUGCGUGACUUUGCCGUCAACGACAUUACCUCGCACCCGAUCCGCUUCAAGUGGGAGGCCACUGGCAACACUGAGGACGACACCAGCCUGGAUGUCUUUGUCCACAACAACCCGGUGCCCAGCACCAAGAUGCUGACGUUCUACCGCAAGCAGCCCUUCACCAUUGAGGCCGAGUACUCCGAUCCGUCCAACCUGCCUCAGGGCACCAACCCCUGGAUCUCCAGGUUCGACAUCAAGAACGUCGAGCCCCAGGAGAACGGCGAUCUGACCACGAUCAAGGUCAAGGCGCGUCUGGAUCUCAGCGGCGUUCUGUCGGUGACCAGCGCUUACACCGUUGAGGAGAUCGAGGUCGAGGAGCCCGUGCAGGGCGAGGCCAAGGAGGGCGAGGAGGCCACGGCUGAGGUGCGCAAGGUCAAGAAGAUCGUGAAGAAGGCCGAUCUGCCCGUCCUGCAGGCGUCGCAGUGCCUGGACGCGUCCACGCUGACCGAGCUGACCAAGAAGGAGAGCGAAAUGUACAAGGCCGACGUUCUGGUCAACGCCACCGAGGUUGCCAAGAACGCGCUUGAGGAGUACAUUUAUGACACUCGGGCCAAGGUUGAGAGCGAGUACAAGGCGUACAUCGACCCCAAGGAGCAGAAGGAGUUCCUGGCGCGUCUGACUGAGGCCGAGGACUGGCUGUACGAGGAGGGCGAGGAUGCGUCGCACGAUGCCUACGUCGAGAAGGUCUCGGGCCUCAAGGCCACUGGCGAGCCCAUUGUCGAGCGCUACCGCGAGGACAAGGAGCGGCCCAAGGCUGCGCGCGAGCUGCGCGACGUCGUGUCCCAGUGGGCCGACCGCGCAACCUCCCAGGAGGAGCGCUACUCGCACAUUACUUCUGAGGAGAGGCAGAAGAUUAUUGACCGCAUUGAGAAGGUGCAGGAGUGGCUGGACGAGAAGCUUGAGAAGCAGUCGACCAAGUCCAAGUGGGAUGCGCCCGUCGUGUUCGCUAACGAGAUCCGCAAGCAGCGCGAUGAGUUGGUGUACUUUGCCACCCCGAUCAUGUCGCGCCCCAAGCCCGCGCCCGCGUCCGCGCCCAAGGUCGAAGAGACUGAUGAUGUUGAGGUUGAGUCGCCCAAGUCCGAGGGCGAGCCCAAGGGCAACACCGAGCAGAUGGAUGUCGACUAAACCGUCGCCGCCGGCUUAGAGCGAUUGUUUUUAAUAAACUUUUGACCAGCAAAUAAUAGCAAUAUUGAGCUUUUGUUUAUUUGCCGAAGUUUGUGCGAGGCAUUUUUUUCGCACAAAAUAUUUUUUAUUUCCUUUGUGGACAAGGGGAGAGGCUUGAGGAUCAACAGCCGAAUAAAGAAGAAUCAUCAAAAC